AUGGCUUCCACCUCUUCUUCCUCUUCUUUUCUGGUUUCUUCUCAUGACAAAGAUAGACCAAAUAUCGAAUCGAUACGGGUAAUUGUUGCUUCAGUCAACCAACACAUCAAUGAGUUCCUCAGAGACUCCCAAACCAGGAAAUCUGCGAAAUUGAAAUGCACUUCAAAGCUGAAUAUCCAAAAGACGGAAUUCUUUGAAUUCUCAGAGCAAUCUACACUGUCAAAUCUGUACUGGGGAAUAGAGAGUAUUGAGGCGGCUGUUCAGUCGAAAUGCGGGGAGGAAAAAUCAUUGAGGCUGAAGAAUUCAGAGCAAAUGCUUCAAGUCCCAGCGUUGCUCGAUGAAAACGGAGUCACCGCGGGAAUUCCAAACCGGUACCUGGUUUCCUCCUCCUAUUUUUACCUGUGUCUGGUCAGGAAACUCCAAGGAGAUGAGUGGCAGGUCGCCUUACAUCUUCUCCAAGCUGUUUUGGUCUCCCCGAGAGUUGUUUGGACACAGUUUGUGCCAAAGCUAUGCGAGAGUCUUUUUGUUUCGUGCAUGGCUUCUGAAAGGCGGGAAAUGGCAGGAAGGAGUUUGAAAUCUGAAGUGUUGGUGGAUUUUGAUGAGGGUGAGAUGGGUGAGAAAACCGCAGACAUGGCGAGGAGAUACAAGGCCUGGUUGACAUAUUAUCAGGUGAUGUCAUAUGGAGAGUUACCAAAGAGAAAUUCUGGAUGCGGAGAUAUUGCUUUAGCCAAUGAUGACUCGCAAUUUUUUGAGAACAGAAAGGCCACUGGCACAGAAUCUUCAAAUGUACAAGAAUAUGAAAAGAGAUUGCUAAGUUACCGCAAUAAAAUAAAUCCAUUCAAUUCGAUUCAUUUUGAAAAGGUCCAUCCACUUGAUCCUCAAGGAUACAUAACUCCUAUAACGUCAAAGAAGUCCAAGGUAUCUGAUAUUGUGGAGCUUGAAGACCCUACAGAAGCUCAUACAGAUUCGGAACAAGUUUACAGCGAACCAGAGGCAAGAACCUCAAGUAAAUGUCUUCAAGAUUUGCUGACAGAAUCUCAGUCAGAUACCCCUAUUUCCGAGAAUUCAUACAGUAGCAGUUCAUCAGAUGACGAUGAUUUUGAGGUGUACACAGGUGACACUGGAACCUCGAAGAAAAAAGUAAUAAAAGCAGAUAUUCCUCGGCCACGAAUUUCUAAUCAGAAGCAGGUGGCACCUUGCUCCAAAUUGGGUCCAGAGUUUGCAAUAUCACUGCCUCGUGCUCCUGGAAACCUGGCACAUGAGGAAUACAUCACAAAUUCCUAUACAGAAAGAUGUUACAGAUCAUUCAGUGCUUUUGAGUUAUCCAUCUUGGAACUACGAGAAAUAGAUAGCUUUACUCCAUCAAAAAGCCACGAGGAAGAAGGGCGGCCAGAUCAAAGGAGUUUACACCAACAUGAUCUCCAAACUUUCGAUAAUCUCAAAUCUACAUCUCUGAAGACUUACCACUUCACCCAGAUGGAUCAGAAAAGGAGUAGUAAAAGGAGUAUUAAAAGGAGUAAACAGAAUCAAUAUUUCCCAAGAAAGCCAACUAGAGUUUGUUCGCAUCCUCAAAAUGGUUCUGAAAUUGAAUUUCUGGGAAUACUUGAGAAAGCAAUUUCAAAGCUAUGCUUCUCGGAAGGCUUAGGAAGAUUCGAUGAAGAUCACACAGUGGAAAUUGUAAGAACGUACGAAAUGCUGAGCAAUAAAAGAGGAGUAAAGUACACUCUGGUGAAAGACAUAAUUCUGGAUCAACUGCUAACAGCUAUUUCAACUUCCAAAGAAGUACGAGUUAUCAGGGCAUCAGUUGCCAUACUUUCAACUCUUGCUUCAGUUAAUAAGGGAGUUAUACAAGACAUCAACAAGAAUGGUUUACCUUUGUGCAAUUUAGCAAGUGCUCUAAAAAGAAAUGUGCACGAGGCAGCAGUUCUAAUUUAUCUAAUCAAUCCACCUCCAGCAGCAAUAAAGACUUUGGAACUUCUUCCGACACUUGUGGAGGUUGUGUCCACUUCAAAGAGGUACAAGGGAGGCUUAGCAUCACUUCUGCCAACACCUCCUGCGGCGUCAUUGAUGAUUAUUGAAGUUUUAGUAACUUCAUUUGACUAUGGAACCAAUAACAUGCAUUUGGCUGCAAUUAAUUCACCACGAGUCCUUUCUGGGCUACUGAAUGCUCCAAGAAAUAAUAAUAUGGAAGACUUCACUUCUUUAGCCACCAUUCUUGUGAAAUGCAUGCGGUUUGAUGGGCAAUGCAGAAAAUAUAUUUCAAAAUCUGCUCCUGUGGGACCAUUUCUCUCUCUCCUAAGAAGUAACCAGGAGCGAGCCAAGUUCAUUGCCCUCGAAUUUUUCAACGAAAUCCUUUGCAUGCCAAGGUCAUCAGCCACCAACGUAUUGCGGCAGAUACAAAAAGAAGGAAGCGUCAACAACAUGCAUAUAUUGGCGCUCCUUAUUCAACAAUCAGAACGCGAGUACAAACUUCUGGCCGCAAAUUUGUUGCUUCAUCUAGACAUCCUGGAAGACUCACCAGGUAAGAGUACAUAUACAGAAGAAGCUGUGGAGGCCCUCGCCGAGCCAUUGACCUCUGUAGAGAAUUCUGCUACACAGCAAUUGUCAACAUUUCUUCUAUCAAACCUUGGUGGAACAUAUGCCUGGACAGGGGAACCAUAUACAGUAGCAUGGUUGCUAAAAAAGACAGGUUUGGCCACUCAGCAUCACAGGAAUAUGAUAAGAAACUUCAACUGGUUGGAUCCAACACUACAGGACUCCGCUACAGAUACAUGGUGCGAAAAGAUUGCUAGAAGUGUUACUAAAACAGGAGAGCCUGUAUUUCAUGCUUUGAAGACAGGAUUAAACAGCGAGAUAAAGAAGGUUUCUCGAGAAUGCCUUACAAUCAUUGCAUGGGUUGGAUGCGGAAUUGCAAGAACGCAAGAUAACUUGAGACAUACUGCAUGUGAAAUCUUACUAACUGCGGUUGAGCAAUUUUUGCAUCCUGGAUUGGAGCUUGAAGAAAGACUUUUAGCUUGUCUAUGCAUCUAUAAUUAUGCUUCUGGUAAAGGAAUGCAGAAACUAAUUCAUUUCUCAGAAGGUGUAAAGGAGUCACUUAGAAGGCUUUCGAACAUAACUUGGAUGGCAGAGGAACUACUCAGGGUUGCUAAUUUUUUCCUGCCUAAUAAAUGGCGAAUUUCUUGUGUUCACACACAAGUUCUGGAGGCAACUCAAAACUACAGUGGAGCUGUAACUGCUCUCAUCUACUACAAGGGACAACUUUGCAGUGGAUAUGCAGAUGGUUCAAUUAAGGUAUGGGACAUAAAGGGACAAACAGCUACACUUGUCCUGGACAUGAAGGAGCACAAAAAGGCAGUAACAUGUUUUUCUCUUUUCGAACCAGGGGAUUGCAUGCUGAGUGGAUCUGCAGACAAAACAAUAAGGAUUUGGCAAAUGGUCCGAAGAAAACUGGAGUGCAUUGAAGUAAUAGGAAUGAAGGAAUCAAUUCAGAGUUUAGAUACUUCUGGCCAACUGAUUUUCACAGUUACACAAAGCCAUGAGUUGAAGGUCAUUGAUUCAUCAAGAAAAGCUAGAGACCUUUACAAAUCCAAACCUGUAAAGUGUGUAAGGGUGAUUCAGGGGAAGGUUUAUGUAGGUUGCAUGGAUUCUAGCAUUCAGGAAUUGGCUAUAGAAAACAAUCGGGAACGAGAGAUCAAACCACCAUCAAAGAUUUGGAUGAUACAAAGCAGACCCGUCAAUUCAAUAUCUGUGUAUAAAGAUUGGCUAUAUAGUGCAAGUGCAGUUGUUGAUGGUUCAAAUAUCAAGGAAUGGAGAAGGCAGAGCAAGCCCCAAAUGUCCCUACUGCCUGACAGAGGAACAAAUGUGCUGGCAAUGGAAGUAGUUGAAGACUUCAUAUACUUAAACUGCAGUUCAUCAAGAAGUGUCCUUCAGAUAUGGUUAAGAGGAACACAGCAGAAAGUUGGAAGAUUAUCAGCUGGUAGCAAAAUAACAAGCGUGCUAACAGGCAAUGACGUCGUUUUAUGUGGUACUGAGAGGGGACUAAUCAAGGGUUGGAUCCCCCUCUAGCAGCAGUCUCUCUGAACCCCAAGGUGCCACUGAAGUCUAUUUGAAGUACUAUACAAGUUUUUAUUUAGUGGUCAAUCAUCAAAUAAGCAGCAAAAGUACAUAGAUAUGGAACAUGAGUUUUUGUAACAUACCAAGCCCAAUUUUGGGAAAUCAGUUCCUGUACAUGUAGUUGUACUUCAUACGAGAUUUUAUUCCUUUAUGAAUACAAGAAGACAGUGCAAGCUCCCAUUAAACUAUAAGAAAUUCAACUGCACCCUAAAUUUGAACAGUCCUCGUUCUUCUAUACGUAAUAUCAAAUAUCCGUGAGCACAA